AUGCCUGAUUUGAUUCUAAAAGAUUUUUUGGAUAGUCACAAAUCCAAAAUGCAGAAGAAAGCAGAACGUAUUUUUGAGUGCAAAGAAGAAGCGCAUCUCAAGGCUGUUUACACAGAGCUCUUCAUCACAGAGGGAGAUAUGAAAGAUGUCAAUCAGGAACAUGAGAUUCUGAAGAUUGAUGAUGCUUUCAACAAGAACAAACAAACACAGGACAAACCAAUCAAGUGCAAUGAUAUAUUUACACUAUUAAGGAAAAACAAUGAGGAAAAGAUUGUGCUGACCAAGGGAGUUGCUGGCAUUGGAAAAACUGUCUCUGUGCACAAGUUUAUCCUGGAUUGGGCAGAAGGAGAAGCCAAUCAGAAUAUACACUGUGUGUUCCUGCUUCCAUUCCGAGAUAUAAACCCAAUGACAAAAAAAAAAUUCAGUCUCCACGAGCUUCUGCUGGAAUUUUAUCCUAAAAUGAAGGACCUGGAGAAAACAAAGUUAUAUGAGGAACGUAAUCUAGCAUUUAUUUUUGAUGGACUUGAUGAGAGUCGCCUGCCUUUGAAUUUUAAAAGUGAACCAUUGAACACUGUUGAGAAAAGAUCAUCUGUAGAUGUGCUGUUCACAAGUCUGGUCAAAGGGACUCUGCUUCCAUCAGCUCUGGUCUGGGUGACCUCACGACCAGCAGCAGCCAAUCAGAUCCCUCCUGAACAUGUGGGUUUGUUCACUGAGGUGCGAGGAUUCACCGACCAACAGAAGGAGCAGUACUUCAGAAAGAGAAUCAAAGAUGAGACUCUGGCCUCCAGAAUCGUCUCACACAUCAAGAAGUCUCGUAGUCUCUACAUCAUGUGCCACAUUCCUGUGUUCUGCUGGAUCACAGCCACAGUACUUCAGGAUAUCCUCAUCAAGAACAGUGAAGAGAGCAUCAGCACAACACUCACUGAAAUGUACAUCCACUUCCUGCUGAUACAGAUGAACAUGAAGAACCAGAAAUAUGAUGUACAAAAAGAAAGAGAAUGUACAGAGCACUUACAAUUAAAUAGAGAAAUGAUUUUGAAGUUAGCCAAGCUAGCGUUUGAACAGCUGAAGCAGGAAAACAUUGUGUUCUAUGAGAAAGAUCUGAAAGCAUGUGGUAUUGAUGUGAGUAAAGACACUGAGUUCACAGGAAUGAUCGCUGAGAUCUUUAAGAAGGAAAAGGGACUUCAUGAGAAGAAGGUCUUCUCCUUUGUGCAUCUGAGUGUUCAAGAGUUUCUCGCUGCAGUGCAUGUGUUCCUCUGUUACCUGAACAAGAACAUGCGGGAGCUUCAGUUUUUCUUUAAAGAUUCACAAAAAACAGCCAGACAAACGCUUCAGUUCCUCUUUAGAAAUGUCAGAUUUCAUGACUUAAUAAAGUGGGCCACUGAUAAAGCCAUGGAGAGUCAGAGAGGACAUCUGGACCUGUUCCUGCGGUUUCUGAUGGGAAUUUCACUGGAAUCCAGUCAAAGCCUGCUCCAAGGCCUGAUCACACACACUGAAGACACCUCAGAGAGUGUCACAAAAAUAAGUGCACACUUAAAACAAAGACAAAAAGAGGACAUCUCAGAUGAAGCUGCAGUCAACCUGUUUUACUGCUUACUUGAGCUCAAGGAUCAUUCAUUAUAUGAGGAAAUCCAGAGAUACCUCAGUUCAGAUGCACAUCCAGGAAGAGAACUCUCAUCUUCAAUGUGUUCAGUGCUGACCUACAUACUGCUGAUGUCAGAGAAGGUGCUGGAUGAGUUCAACCCAAAGAGAUUCACGUCAUCUUCAAACUACAAGAGACUCAUUCCAGCUGUGAGAUGCUGCAGAAAAGCCCUGUGA